GAAACUUUCCUACAUGUACGCGAGGAAGACUGUCGCCCUUCUCCUCCUCUCCUACGAAAACAUCAGGAAUGGAUCGCCGAUUCUCUGUCCUCCUCCUCCUCCUCUCUUCCCUCCUCGUCGCCGCCGUGGCCGCCGCCUCGGCGUCGGAGGCGUUCAACGAUGCGGAGGAUCCGCUGAUCAAGCAGGUGGUCGACGGGGCCGAGGGCGAGGCCCUGACCGACCACCACCACUUCUCCAUCUUCAAGAGGAAGUUCGGGAAGUCGUACGCCUCCCAGGAGGAGCACGACCACAGGUUCAAGGUCUUCAGGGCUAACCUGCGCCGCGCCAGGAGACACCAGAAGCUGGACCCCUCCGCCGUCCACGGCGUGACUCAGUUCUCCGAUCUGACCCCUUCCGAGUUCAGGAGGACCUACCUCGGGCUCAGGAGCAAGCUCAGGCUGCCUAAGGAUGCAACCCAGGCGCCGAUUCUGCCGACGGACAGCUUGCCUGCUGAUUUUGAUUGGAGAGAUCAUGGAGCGGUCACCGGCGUCAAAAAUCAGGGCUCGUGUGGAUCAUGCUGGAGUUUCAGUACCACUGGGGCCUUGGAAGGUGCGAACUUCCUUGCCACUGAGAAGCUUGUCAGCCUCAGUGAGCAGCAACUUGUAGAUUGUGACCACGAGUGCGAUCCAGAGGAGCCAGGAUCAUGUGAUUCUGGGUGCAACGGAGGUUUGAUGAACAGUGCCUUUGAGUACACCCUUAAAGCUGGAGGGCUUAUGAGAGAGGAAGACUACCCCUACACUGGUACUGAUCGUGGUGCCUGCAAAUUCGACAAGUCAAAGAUUGCUGCUUCAGUCGCCAACUUCAGUGUUGUAACCCUUGAUGAAGAUCAGAUUGCAGCAAAUCUGGUGAAGAAUGGUCCUCUUGCAAUUGCUAUCAAUGCUGUGUUCAUGCAGACAUAUGUUGGGGGUGUCUCGUGCCCUUACAUAUGCUCGAGGAGGCUGGACCAUGGGGUCCUCCUGGUCGGGUAUGGUUCAGCCGGCUAUUCUGCAGUCCGGAUGAAGGAGAAGCCCUAUUGGAUAAUCAAGAACUCGUGGGGCGAGUCUUGGGGAGACGGUGGCUACUACAAGAUCUGCAGGGGCCGCAAUAUCUGCGGGGUCGACUCCAUGGUCUCAACUGUAGCUGCAGUCCAGACCUCUUCACAGUAGACUGUUGAGCCACCUCAGUAAAAACCCGAAUUCCAUCAGCCCCAUAUCAUCAUCAUCAUCAUCAUCUUGUACAUAAUUUAUGCCCUCGUAUUUUAAGGAAAGCUCGGAUUUGGUGUGUUGGAGGUGCUUUUUUAGUCCUCUCCCAAGACAUUCCCUUUGCUUCAGUGUUUCUCCUAAGUAUCACUUCCAAGUGAGAGUGAAAUACUCGCUUGAUUGAUCUCAGUGCCUUUAAAUUAGUACUUUCCAAGCAUUAGUGCAUGUGAUGAUAUGAUGUACUGGUUAAAUUACUUCAGUCGAAAAAAUGCAGCAAGUUAAUAGGAACUAUUUAGUUA